AUGAUAUCCCUAACAAGCCUACCGUGUGAAGCAUUGGAAGAAGUAUUCCAUCAACUCAAUCAGCACUAUGUCGUAGCACUUGCCCCAUUGCAUUCCAAGUUUCACUACAUUGCUAAGCCCAAAUUAUACAGAAACAUAUAUGUGUACUCACCAUGGUCUAGAAUACAAGAUGAGACAGAAUCGAAUGAGCAAAAACAAACGUUUCACAUCUCCAAGAGCUUCCACAACCUCAAGAGCCAAAAGUAUUCCAUCAUAUCGUCCGAUACGUUUGAGAGGUAUUUGGCAAAAAUGGACAAGACGCAGAAGAUUUAUCAUUUGGAACUAUACGACUAUCAUAUGACAUUGAUUGUUUGUAUUCUUAGACACUUCACCAAUCUUAGGUACGUUGAGUUCGUGGUUCACUACUACAGUGAUCCGAUAUUUGAGCGAGUGUGUUUUCGGUAUUCUCAAAAUUCUUUUGGAAAUGAAUCUCCUGGGACAACUUUUAUAGUUGCGUAUUGGGUGCAGAGUAUAGACCUCGACUUACAACAAGGUAUCAACCAGAUCAAAAUCAUUGGCAGGAACUUGGUAAACCAAUUUGAUUAUAUUCAACGGUUUAAAAACUUAACUAAGUUGAAGAUCUGCAUGGUUAGCUAUGAAAACAUACCAGUCAGUGAGUGCCGAUGCUUUGUGAGACUUCAAGUGUUGGAGGUGAGUUAUUCCCUAGAUGGUUAUUAUUGUGUCCCUCGUUUUCGAUUGAGUGAUGUCUUUGAGACUCGCUUUCUCCAAGAAUUGGCAAUAGAUGGAGACAUGAAUGCAAGCACUGUGUUCAAAAGUAGCGAUUUGAGUCAAGAGUUUCCAAGGUUGGUGCAAUUAUGUUUGCGAUUUAUAGGCGAAGUGUACGCAAACUGCGGACUUCAGGACUUGGGUUGUUUUGAACAUAGGAAGCUUAGAUAUCUUAUCAUGGCAAGCCAUGGCUCUUUGGCAAGUGAUGCAGCAGCUGUAUGUGACUUGUGUGCAAAGUAUCCCAAUAGUAGUAUCAAUUGGUGGUACCAGCCGGAGAUUAAUUUUACAGCAUUGCUAACUCACAAUUUUAAAGUCCUCAGUCCCAAUCUUCCGUUUGGAGUCGUUGGCUACCACUUUUAUCAUUUGGGCAAUGAGGAUCUAUCAAACUUCAAACGGAGCGUUACUAACGCGUUAACGAAAGAGGUGAUGGAAGUAGAAUUCAAAAGAUGUUAUACCGAAGCUGAGUUGGAAGCCAUGUAUGAUUUUACAAAUGAUCCAAGGAUUAAAAGAUGUGAACAUUAG